UUAUAAAACGGCGUCGUUUUUGUUUACCUUCUAUUUUUCACUGAAGGCUCCACUCUCUUAGGCUCCUUCCAAAACCCUAGCUAAACCCUGCAUCAUCACAUCCUCAAACCCAGAGAAAUGGCGAGCAACACUAGCCGUCUGGUUCUGAUGAGAUCUGUGGCAACGCCAAGAUGGUUCUCGACGGCGACGGCGACGGCGGCAAAAGACAAAGAGGCUUCACUGUACUGGAAGCUCUCAGCUCUGAGAGGCACAGAGGGCGAUGUGGCAGAGACGCUUGAUAAGUGGGUGAAGGAGGGCAAGUCCGUGAAGAGGUUUGAUAUGAUUAGCUGUGUGAAUCAGCUUCGCAGGUUCAAGAAGUACAAGCACGCCGCCCAGAUAUAUGAAUGGAUGGAAAAAAGUAAAAAUGAUUUGAACAACGCUGAUCGUGCCAUACGUAUAGAUCUUCUUGCCAAGACUGAGGGAAUUGCCCAAGCAGAAAAUUACUUUAACAGCCUCCAAGAAUCUGCAAAGACGAAUAAAACCUAUGGUGCACUUCUUAACUGUUACUGCAAGGAGAAUAUGCUGGACAAAGCUGUGGAGCUGUUUAAGAAGUUGAAAGAGCUGAAUUUCGUGUCUAGUGCUUUAAGCUAUAAUAAUAUGAUUUCCCUUUACUUGAGGGUUGGCCAACCUGAAAAAGUGCCCUCACUGGUACAUGAAAUGGAAGAGAAGGACAUUCCAGCAGAUUUAUAUACAUAUAAUCUAUUGAUGAACAGCUAUGCUUCCGUUAAAGAUUUUGAAGCUGUGGAGCAAGUUUUGGACAAGAUGAAGAAAAGGGGGGUUGAACGUGAUUGGUUUACAUAUGGAAAUCUAGCUAACAUUUAUGUCGAUGCAGGGCAUACUAAGAAGGCCAAUUAUGCUCUUCAAAAGCUUGAGCAAAAUAAAAAUUUACAUGAUCCUGAGGCUUUCCGCAUGCUUAUCAACUUGUAUGCACGAACCUCUAAUUUGGAGGGGGUUAAUAGGGCAUGGGAAUCUUUAAAGUUGGCUCAUCCAAAAAUCAAUAAUAAGAGCUAUCUUAUCAUGCUUUUGGCUUUGUCUAAGCUGGGGGAUGUGGCUGGCCUUGAAAAGUGUUUUAAAGAGUGGGAGUCAGGCUGCUCAACCUAUGAUGUUCGGUUGUCAAAUGUCAUGUUAGAAUCUUAUCUUAAUCGAGAGAUAAUUGAGGAAGCCAACCUGCUAUCUGAAAGUAUAGCGAAAAGGGGGCCUGAGCUCAAGUUAAAGACACUGGAUUUAUUCAUGAAAUUCUACUUGAAGAAGCACCAGCUCGAUUUGGCUAUGAAGUAUUUAGACAUGGGUGCAUCUAAAGCUGAUCCAGAAAACAAUAAGUGGUUUCCCACUGAAGAAACUAUCACCAUGUUUCUGGAAUAUUUCGAGGAGGUAAAAGAUGUGGACAGUGCUGAGAAGUUCUGUGAGACCAUGAGGAAGAUCAGUCGCCUUGAUUCUAAGAUCUAUGAUUCUCUGCUUCGUACAUAUAUAGCUGCUGGGAAAGAGGAACCUCUGAUGUCAGAGAGAAUGAAGGACGACGGCAUUGAGAUAAGCUCUGAAACUGAGAAAUUGCUUCAAAAAGUCUGUCCCAAGUAGGCUAGCAAGUUUAGAGAAAUCCAGAAUAAGAGCACAAUUUGUGAUGUUCUUGAAUUGCUAUUUCCAUUCAUGAUGAAUGGAAGCAUAAAAACAUAGACUUCGGUUCAUACAUAAAUUUGUAGUUGCAGACACAAGACUUUUAACUGCAUCAGCCUUGGACAGUAUUUGGGGAGCCGAUCAAGGACAAUGGGAGACGGUGAUCUCUUCCAAUGAGCUUGAAUUUGGUGUGCUGGUUGAAUACUGCCUUCUAAGGAGCUGUUUUGUUUGUUAAAUAGACAGUUCUAUGGACAGAGCGGUAGUUUCUUAUUUUACAUUUUGGUUGUUUUGCUCGUCUUUCUUUACAAAUUGUGGAAGUAACCAUCUUCUAAUCUUUUGAUUUUCUGUUAAAAAUUAUGUGAAGAACAUGGCUUGCUUUAUUAGAUUAAGACUGCCCAGUACUUUAUCUG